AUGGAAUCUGUUCGUGGGCGAGGACGUGGAAGCGGAGGAUCUGGCUCUGGAAGUGGCCUACGAGACGAAAGGUCGUUUUUAUUGAAUAAAAUGUUGAAAUAGUUAGUGUCGUUCCAGUCGCAAACUUCUCGGAACUAUCCACGGCGAUCUCUUCACCCGACCUGCCAUGACCGACAAACGAGGUCUUCAAAAACCCCUUUUCAGAUAAAUUUUCAUUUUUUCAGGUUCCUCCGGAACUGUGGAACAGUGUAUGGUGAACUUCAUCCCCAUUGAGACCAAGUCUGACUACGUCAUCUACCAGUACCAUGUCAUGUUCAAGCCUGCUGUCGACUCCAAGUCUGUCAGGUUGAAAUCGAAUCGACUUCUUGUAAAACUAGAAAUGAUUAUUUUAGACAGAAUUUGUUGAAAAGCGCCAACAUCAUCAAUGAGAUUGGUGAGCAUUUCGUCUUCGACGGAAUGAUUCUCUAUCUUACCAGCGAAUGGGAGAAUCACGUGAGUGCAUCAAUUUGUUUUUUGACUUGUUCAUUGGCUCGGGAAAUUUUUUGCAGUAGUGUUGUUUAAAAUAUAAGCUCAAAUAGAGUUUAAUCUUGAUUAAAAUCCCUGAAAAAAAACAGCCCAAAGAAGUUUUUGCACCUUUUUUUUCUUUGGGCCAUCAAUGUUCCCUGAAACUUUCCAGAGGUUUUAUGCCCAUGUGCAAAUAGUUUUCCCCUCUAAUUUUUGCCUUUUUGUUCAAGAUUAUGAAUCCCGCUUUUUUUCAUCUUUAAGCGUUUGCUCUCCUCAUAAUGCUAAAGUUGAAAUAACUUAUAAAUAAAACUCAACCAUACCCAUUUUCCUUUUAAAUAUGGUUCUUCAAAAACUUGAAAAUGCUCGGAACUGGUUUAAAAAGAGCGUGCGUACUGAUAAUUAUCAUAAAAAAAUACCAAUAGAUUCAUUUUUCAACAUCUUUUUUUCCCCUUCUUUGUAAUGAAAUUACUAAAUGAUUAUUUUCAGCAAACGAUUGAGUGUCCGCAUCCGGUGACCAACGAGUCGAUCGCUGUCGAUUUUAAAUUGACGUCGAGAUUCGGUCUGAACGAUGCACAGACCAUCAAUUGCUUCAACAUUGUUAUCAGAAGGUGAGAUUCGCGACUCCAACUCUCAAAAAAACGAUAAAUUCAGAUGUUUCGACGAGAUUGGUUUCACCCAACUCGGAAGAAAUUACUUCGACCCCAACGCGGGCAAAACUGUCAGCUCUUACAAUAUGGAUGUCCUCCCAGGUUAUGAAACUGCGAUCAGGAUGUACGAAGAUCAGCUGAUGCUCUGCGUAGAAAAUCGUUUUAAAAUGGUUCGAAAGGAGAGCAUGCUUGAAAUUGUGAGUUUUCUGAAGAAAAAAAAACGUUCAAUGGGGACUUUUCAGAUACAACGCGAAAUACAAAAUUGCCGUGGAGACUUGGAGAGGGCCAUUCAAAAGAUCAAUGAAGUUUUCCAAGGAUCAACGAUUCUGACAUUGUUUGGCUUUCAAAUAUUUUACCAUGAAGUUUACGCCUAAAAUCUUGAAAUUUCAAUGAUCAAGAUAAGCAUUGAAAAAAGAUGCUGAUUUCAGAAAAUACAUAGAAGAAAAUUUGGUAAAAAUUCUUUCAGGUACAAUAACAAACUGCAUCGUUUCACCCGCCUCGACACGAAUCUGACCCCGGAGUCCCAGUUCAAGAAGGACGACAGGACGAUCUCGUUGAGAGAGUACUACGCGACCCAGUACCAAAAGACUGUGCACAACGUCCAGCAACCCAUCAUCGUACUCUUCUGAAAUUCAAUCGAGCAUCCAUCAUUCUCAUUCAGAUCAGCGAAGGAAAGCCGAAGCAGCCGGGAGAGCCUCCACAGGUCAACUACCUCAUCCCGGAACUUUGUUUCCCGACUGGUUUGACGGAUGAAAUGCGAAAGGACAUGAAGGUAGUUAUAAGAAAAUUCAGCAUAAUUUCCCUAAUAGAAAAUUUUCGAGCGCCAAGAAUUUAUCUUUAACAAACUUUGGAAAUUGCUCAGUUGACUGACAAAACGCGAAGUAUUUUCAUUUGAUCAUAGAAACAUCGGAAUUAAAAUCAGUUAAUUCUCAGAAAAAAUGCGAAAGACAUCAGACACACAAAAAGGGAACAUGUUGUUUCAGAUCAUGCGAGGUGUGGCGUCUCACACUCGCCUCAGCCCAGAAAUGCGUCGCAGGAACACGGAGCUGUUGCUGCACAAGAUGCACAACAACACUAAGGUUCGCGAUCAACUCGCAGCAUGGAAUAUCCAACUUGGAAGCGAGUUGGCUCGAAUGGACGCCCGCGUUCUUCCGCCAGAAGCUGUAAGGAAGAAUCGCCAAAUGAACCAGUUGAUAUUUAUUCACAGCUCGUUGGUGGCAACGGCCGGUCGAUCAUUGGAAGCCAAGCCGAGUGGUCCAAGAACGUCAAGUCUUGUGGCGUCUUCGCUGGCAGAAGCAUGACAAACUGGAUCGUCGUCUCUCCUGGAGAACAGUUUGGCCCGUUGGCUCGGAAAUUCGUUGGUAAAUUUUGCGAAGAAAUUUACAAAAAGUUUGAAAAAAAUUCCCUUUUUUUCCUUAAAUGAGCGAAAAAAAUCAAUCAUUCAGUUAUCAAGUCGAUAAAAGGCAAAAAAAUUCGAAAAAAAGCUGCAGUAAUUUGAAGCUUUUUUUCGAAAUUCAGACUUAGCUCUUUUUUUUUUUUGAAUUUCUAUUCCAGAAAAAAAAACUAUUAAUUUUAUUGUUUGUUCUCAAACUUUCCCUCUCAUAUAACUGAUUAUGAGAAAACCCAAUCUUAAAUUAAUUAGCGCCGCUAAAUCCAGACGUGGGGGCUUGCCUCACGCGCGCGCCAAUUCAAAAAAGUGCGCUGGCGCACAGAACCCAACAUCCCCCAUUAAUGUAUAUCUUUUUUUUCAGUCAAUCUUUCCGUUUAUAUUUUUUUGUCGAAAGAUUGUUUUUCGGUUAAUUUCGCCAUAAAAGUGAAUCGAUAAAAAAAUAUUUGAAAUAAAAAUAGUCAGUGGGGUUCUUUUUUUCUUUUUCGCAAUUUAGUACUUUAUGUCACGUUUUGACUAUAAAUGUAGUUCACGUUUACAUUUAAAAGGCCACUCGAGGUAUCCAUAUAAUCAGUAAAUGUAUAGAAUAAACGGUGCGAUAGCUAUCGGAGUGCUAUUCGACAGCAUACAAAGUGCCCAUAAAAAAAUUUCAAAAAAAUUUCAAAUUACUGCUGUUCAUUUUUUUCAGAUUAAUGUUCUCUGUAAUUUUUUUCGCAUAAACUGUUUUUCACUAUAAAAUAUUCAGUGUAAUUGUGACGUAAUUUUAUCCGUAGCGCGCACUAAUUUUUUUCUGUAAAUUCAGAAACUUUGACGCCUCGCUCACCUUCCCUCACCCCCAUUAGGAAUGCCGUUUCCUCAGUACCCUAUGGCGCUUAGCUGAUAUUUCUUUUCAUUUUUGAGUACUAAUCUAAUCAGUGGUCGUUUAUUUAGAUCAAUUUUUUGUUAUAGCCUAUUCCGCGCCAGCUUGUCACGUUUUUCUUUCCGCCAAAAAGACCGUAUACCAAAUGAAAUCAAAUUUCUGCUUUUUUAACGGCAAGAAACAAAGGUCUUGAAACGAAGUUGGUCAAAUUUGGCCUUUUGGCGGAAAGAAAAACGUGACAAGCUGGCGCGGAAUGGCCUAUAACCGUGCUAAGACCUGCUCAGCUAGUUAAAAAAGGUAGCUACUCGGUAACUAUUUGUAUCUCUAUCACGAUUGACCAGUGGAAAAAAAUUUGCGAAAAAAAACUAUUUUCAUUUUAAAAAAACUCGAUUAUUUUUUUAUUGAAUCACUUUUUAUGGCGAAAUUAACCGAAAACAAUCUUUCGACAAAAAUAUAAACGGAAAGAUUGACUGAAAAAAAGGAUAUACAUUAAUGGGGGAUAUUGGGUUCUGAGCGCCAGCGCACUUUUUUGAAUUGGCGCGCGCGUGAGGCAAGCCCCCACGUCUGGAUUUAGCGGCGCUAUAAAUUAAUUUCUUUUCGAUUUCCUUCCCUUUCAAUUUUUUUACAGACGAAGUGACUGGACUUUCUCGUACUCUGGGAAUCGAAGUCGGAAGUCCGAUGUGUCAAAUGCUCACGGGAUUCCAAGCAAAUGACUAUCUAACAGGAAUCAAAGAGGCUCUGCGAAAGGUUCGUAAGUUUUUUGUUAGAAAAGUUCGAUUUUCGGCAAAAAGUUCCAUGGCCUUUUUUAUAGAGGCUAUCCAUUGUACAGUUUGAAAAAAUAAAAUUUUUAAAUUCGAACUGAAAAUUACUCCAUGCACUCCAAAAAAAUGAGAUUUCUCUUCAGGUUGAAGGCCACGAAGUCCACAUGAUGGUCAUCCUUCUGAAGGACGACAACAAGACCCGAUACGAUCUCGUCAAGAAGUUCCUCUGCACCCAAACCAACAGUAAUAAUUUAUCCUUCAAAAUAUAAUAAUAUAUCGUAUUUUUUCAGUACCAUCACAGUGCGUAAACUUGAAAACGUUGGCUGGUCGACCAGGCGACGGCGGUCAGAACAAGAAUUUCGGCUCCAUCGUUCUCAAAAUAAUGUUGCAAAUGGUUUGCAAGAUGGGUGGUGCGCUCUGGAAAGUCAGCAUUCCGGUAAGAAAUCCAAAGAGUGCGCUUGCAAUGACGAGUUCCCACUUGCAGCUGAAGAAUACUAUGAUUGUCGGAUACGAUCUUUACCACGACUCGACGCUCCGCGGCAAGACGAUCGGCGCCUGUGUCUCCACUGUCGACUCAACCUACACCCAGUUCUACUCGCAGACACGCCCCCACGAAAAUCCGACCCAGCUCGGCUCCAACCUUUCCUAUUUCAUCAGAAGUAAUCAUUUUUUCCCCUAAUUUGAAAAUAAUAUAUUUUUCCAGAGGCUCUGAGAAAGUACUACGAGUGUAACAACAACUCUCUCCCCGAACGUAUCAUCUUGUACAGAGAUGGCGCCGGAGACGGUCAGAUUCCGCUCAUCAAGAACACGGAGGUCACUGAAAACCCAAAUCAACUCAACUAUUAAUAUUCUUUAGGUCAAAUUGGUGCGCGACGCUUGCGAGUUCGUGUGCAAAAAGGCGGCUGAUGGCGAAGCGCCUGCCGAGAUCAAAUUGGCCUUCAUCAUCGUCACCAAACGCGUCAACAUGCGUGUUUUGAAGCGAGUUUUGAUACCUUGGAAAAAAAAAAACAGUUAACAGUUUCAAAAUAAUAAAAAUAUUUUCUCUUUUCUCUUCAUCUUUUGCAACUUCAAAACUUCUUUCAGAAUCGGAACCAAGGAAGUGACGAACCCCAAUCCGGGAACCGUCGUUGAUUCUGUGGUGACUCGUCCGGAGCGCUACGAUUUCUACAUGGUACCGCAGUACGUAAACCAAGGAACUGUGACCCCCGUCUCCUACAACAUCAUCUACGAUGACACCGACAUGACUGCUGAUCGCCAUCAUAAGGUAAUCUUUGAAUAAUAGUAAAAAAAUUCAAAAAAACAUUUUUUGACAGCGUCCACGGAAAAAUUUGUUGAGGACUGACUUUUUGAUCCCUUGUUCCGCUUUCUGAGAUUUUUAAAUGAUGAUUUUGAAAAAAAGUUCUAAUAGCAAGUUUAGUGCUCUUAACUCUUUAUGCCGUGUUCAAAGUACUUUUAGCGAUUCCAAAAUUGACGCGUUGUUUUUUUAUUAAAUUAUUCCGCAAAAAUAAUUUUUAUGUUUUCAGCUCGCCUUCAAGCUCUGCCACUUGUACUACAAUUGGCAGGGAACGGUCCGUGUCCCAGCUCCGUGCCAGUACGCACAUAAAAUGGCGUUCCUUGUCGCCCAGUCGAUCCACGAAGAGGCUCACGAAGGACUUCGUGACAAAUUGUAUUUCUUGUAA